AUGCCGAAACGUAAUGGAUCAUCUUCGGAUAUUGAUGAAUUUUUCUCGGGAACAAAGUCAAACAGCGAUUAUGAUAAGAACAAAACAAAUCAAGCUGAUCCAUCUACAGCAAAAGGCAUAGCGGCUUUGGUUAGACCACCACCUCGACAAGCACCUGCAGAAACCAAACCUAACGUCAAUAGUAAAACGACAUCCAUGACAACAAACGAUAAGAAUGCGCCAACUUCACAACCAUCAAAAGCCAAUACUGUUGAAUCAGAGUACGAUGAUGACACAAAUAGAGACGAGAAAAAAAAGCAGAGUUCGUUACCAACAUCGAAGCAACGGCAUGUUACUAAUGGUAGCACACCACGCAAAGAACAGUUUCUACCGUAUCUUCGUCCAAAAAAUCGACAGAAAGGUGCUGCACAACGGACAUCAUCGAAUCAAGCGAAGAAAACCAAUUCUGAGCAGCGUUUAUCAUCUGCUCAGAAUGAGAAAUUGAAUGAACUUCGUUCUCACAUGUCUCUGUUGCAACGCCAAUUGGAACAAGAACGCUCGGAAAAUAAAACUCUGAGAAUAAUUCAAAGACGUGAAGAAAAAUCGCUUCGAACAUUCGAAGAUCGCGAAUAUGAUGCUCAAAGAGUUGCACAAGAGUUCAAGUACGAAAUUGAUCAAGUGAAAAGGCAAAUCGGUGGUGAGAAGGAAGAAAAAGCGAAACUUCAGAAAGAAGUCGAUGAACAAGAUGAACAAUAUCGUGAUCAAUCGAAAAAAAUGAAAUUCUAUGAGAAAUUAAUCGCACACGAAGAUGAAUAUGAAGAGUACGAGGAUUUACGCGAUAGAUUGAAAGAAAUGGACAAACAAUUGAAAAAAGUUCAAGACAAGAUCACUAAACAAGAAAAACAAAUCCAAAAUAUCGAACAAAACCACCGUCAAGAAAUGGCUCAACAUCUAAGCAAACGACGCGAGCUUAAACAUGACUUAGAUGAUCAGUCAAAGAAAUGUAACGAACUGUUUCUUAAACUUGAAGAAAAAACACGACAAGUUGAUACAAUGCAUAUCCACAUUCAACGUGGCGGCCGUCGUCCAUCGGACUCAUCAUUUGAGAACCUUAGAAAAUCUCAUUCAUAUCAAGAACUUCCAGACACGUCACCACAAUUUCGAGAGAAAAUGUUGGAAUAUGAUCGAAAACGUCGUGAGUUGGAUAAAGAUAAACCCAAACCACCCCCAUUGCCAUUAACACCGCCACCUAAGCCCCCGCGAAAGAAAUAUGUGCCUUCGAUUGAUUUGAAAUCGAAAUCGAAAACAAAACCAAAAGUAGAAGUAAAACCAAAAUCACCCUCACCACCUCCGAUUAAACGCGAAGAAACACCGCCGAUCAUUCAGCCAGUUCGAGUCAAAUCACCCAUUCACCGUUUGCCAACACCUGAAAGUUACGAUGACGACACGAGUGAAUUUGAAGAAGAUAUUGUUAUUGAGCCUGCUGUCUAUAGAAAGCCACGUUCACCCAAACGCUCACCACCACCACAGCCAAGAAUCAUUCUUCCACCACCAAAACCGCGCUCACCUUCACCACCGCCUCAACCUAAACCGUCGCUUGCACGUAAUUUCGAUGAUAAAUGGAUGAAUGUUUUUAGUAAUGAUAAAAAAGAAGAAUCGAAAAAAGAUGAUCUUCUAUCAAAAUUAACUGCUGAAGAGUCCAAAGACAAACAACCUCGAACAUCAAUGUUUACCUUUGAGCCUGCUACUUUGUCGACAAAUACUACACAGAAGAAACCACCACCGCGAGUUGUCACAAGCGUUUAUGAUUUCGAACAAGCAGUACUCAAUUUACACGAUGGUAAGCCCGUCACUGCUCAAUCAUCAACAAGUAAAAAGGCAACUGGCCUGAGUGAUUCUUCUGAUCAUACGGACAACAAGCUAACCAAUCGUUUACUUGCUCGCGAUAACAGUUUUACGAAAACAUUAGGAAAAUCGAAUACCGUCGAAUCACGUUUUGCACUUCCAACAGUUGACAAUGGUUUAAUAACAGCAUCAUCAUCAUCGACAACAGCUGGAAAACCAAAUUCGAAAAUUCCGACCUCGCUCGAUCGACUUCAGCGACCAAGAGUAGUGACCAAUGCUCCUAAAUCCGUGCCCAAUAGAACAGUUGUUGAAGAAAUUGAAGAAUUUACAUUGUGA